AUGGUUAUUAAUGGUCAGCAAGCUAUAAAAAUUCAUGAGAAAGAUAAUAACAUCUUGAAAUUCAACAACUUUCAUAAGCAGAUGCCUGCACCAUUUGUGAUCUAUGCUGAUUUUGAGGCUAUUACAGAAAAGGUAAAAGGAUCCGAACCAAACAUUGAUAAACCAUAUACUGAAACAUAUAAAAAACAUAAAGACUUUGGGCAAGGAUAUAAGGUUAUUUGUUGUUAUGAUAAAAAAUACACCAAACCAGUUCAAAUUUAUAGAGGAGAAAAGGCUGUAUACAAAUUCAUGGAGAAGAUGUUAGAAGAAGUGGAAUGGUGCCGAAAAAUGACCAAAAAACAUUUCAAUAAACCAGUGAGAAUGACAAAAAAGGAUCAACAAGAUUUUGAAGAAGCUGACAAAUGUCAUAUUUGUAAUAAAAAAUAUUCUGAGAAAGAUAUUCGUGUCAGAGACCAUUGUCAUAUAACUGGAAAAUACAAAGGAUCUGCUCAUCAAGAUUGUAAUAUGAAUUUCAAGCAGGCUGAUAAAAUUCCAGUUAUGUUU